AUGAAUGCGAAACUUGCCAUAGCCGGCGUGCUGAUUGCCUUUGUUUUUGUACAGUAUGCCAAUUCUCUGGUCUGCUAUACCUGCGUCACUCCCAAGGACUGCAAAAGUCCCUCGAAAGUCACCUGCAACAAUGCAGAAGCAAAUAAGACCUCCGAUAAUUUGGGAGUCUACCAUCAGGGAGUAAGAAAUGCGACCAGCACGAGGUUCGACUGUCUUGCCAUCAAGUAUACGUGGAACAACGAAGUGAUCCAUCAGCUUCAUGGUUGCGUACACCCCGCAGUGGCACCUUGUAGUCUUUCCCUGAAACCCGCUUAUGCCCACUACAAUAAGACUUGGUGUAACAUCUGCUCGGGCAACAAGUGCAACAAGAACCCGGCCGGAAAAAUGAGUAGCAGCAGCAUUACUAUUGCAGCCAGCAUUGUGGGCCUCGUUUUGGCCAAGAUCUACGCCUAGAAUGUAACUAUUUAUAAUGAUGAGCUAAGGACAAAAACCUAUACAACUCUUUUAAUAAAUUAUUGAACUAAA